AUGUGUUCCAAGAAGGUGCGAGGAGUGCAUUCAUAUGUGACUGAAGAAGGUCGAAUACUAAUAAAUGCCGAAAAGAUGGAAUAUUUCCGUGCCGAGAAGCGAAGACUAUCCAGUUCUCGUCCGAUCGAAUCCACAUCGCCUCCUCCUGAACUAAAAGCGAGUAGUUCUGAAAUCUCGACGUCUUCUGAUGGGUCUUCUAAUGGAAGUUCCGAGGAAAAAGACGAAGACAUAUGA